AUGGCCGGCUUCGACCAACCCAUGAGCUUCUCCCAGAGAAGAGGGAGUAUCCUGAACGACGACGAGUUCGCUCUCAACUCGGCGAGCGGUUCCAACUCUCGUCGAGAAAAGCUCCCCCGACAGUUGCGACAGACGAGGGGCCCGCCGACACCGAGCAUGCCCACGCCUACCGCCGAAUUUGACCAGCAGGUUACCGGCUCCCCGCCGCCCCCUCCGACGCCUGCCGCCUCGCCCGGGCCUGCGCACUGCCAACCCGACUGGAGCGACGCGGCCGAGGAGGAAGAAUUCUUCCUCUCCAAGGUCCGCCAACACUUCAGGAACUGCUCCGGGCCGCAGCGGACGAGGGUUCUCGCCGACCUGCUCAACCUCUGUACCAGUCAGCAGCUGAGCUUUGUUCAUCAAUUCGUCAGCCCGCUCCUGAAGAAGGACCCCUUCACGAGCUUACCCAACGAGCUCUGCCUGCGGGUUCUGUCCUUCAUCGACGACCCGAAAGUCCUCGCCCGGGCAUCCCAGGUCUCGAAGCGGUGGCGGGACCUCCUCAGCGACGACAUGACGUGGAAGAACCUCUGCGUCAAGCACGACUACGGCAGGCGACUGUCGGACGCUCACGCGCCAUCUACCGUCGUCCCCGUGAGGCUCUCCGCCCCUACGUUUGCCAGCGCCGACGCCGACAUGUCAAGCAGCAGCUUCCCCGGCUCCUGCUCCAUGGCCGGCCACUCAACCGGCUCCCGCAGCUUCGACGGCGCCACGGCAAGACCCAAUAUUCGCUCGUACAAGUCUCAUUUCAAGCAACGCUAUCUCGUCGAGGCCGCUUGGAGAUCGGGCGGCACGAGCGUUCACAGGAACAUCACCCAGGAGGGUGGCGUCGUCACGAGCCUGCAUCUGACGCCAAAGUACAUCAUCGUGGCUCUCGAUAACGCCAAGAUCCACGUUUUCGACACAAAGGGCGACUCGCAACGCAUCCUUCAAGGCCACGUCAUGGGAGUCUGGGCCAUGGUACCCUGCGAGGACGUCCUGGUCAGCGGUGGCUGCGACCGCGAUGUGCGUGUCUGGGAUUUGAAGACGGGCGCUUGCUUGCACACCCUGCGUGGACAUACAUCGACGGUGCGCUGCCUCAAGAUGGCAGACGCCAAUACCGCCAUCUCCGGCUCUCGAGACACCUACCUCCGAAUUUGGGACAUUCGGGCAGGCGUCUGCAAAAACGUUCUCAUGGGUCAUCAGUCGAGCGUCAGAUGCCUGGAGAUCAAAGGCGACAUCGUCGUUUCCGGCAGCUACGACACUUUUGCUCGAGUAUGGAGCAUAUCGGAGGGCCGAUGCCUGCAGACGCUGCAGGGCCAUUUUAGUCAGAUAUACGCCAUUGCCUUUGACGGCAAGAGGGUCGUGACGGGGAGCCUCGACACGAACGUGCGCGUGUGGGAUCCUCUCUCUGGGUACCUUUCCUCGGCCACCUGUCCUGCGCAGGAGCCCAUCGCUAACGUGAUGGACAGCGAAUGCCUUGCCAUCCUUCAAGGUCACACCUCCCUUGUCGGCCAGCUGCAAAUGCGAGGCGAUACCUUGGUGACCGGCGGCUCGGACGGCUCCGUUCGAGUCUGGUCGCUAGAGAAGAUGUGCCCCAUUCAUCGGCUCGCCGCCCACGACAACAGCGUCACGAGCCUGCAGUUCGACGACGCUCGUGUCGUCAGCGGUGGCAGCGAUGGCCGAGUCAAGAUUUGGGAUUUGAAGACGGGGCAUCUCGUGCGAGAGCUCAUCGCCCAGGGUGAGGCUGUAUGGCGCGUCGCUUUUGAGAAGGAAAAGUGCGUUGCUCUCGCUCUGAGACAUGGUCGAACCGUCAUGGAGGUUUGGUCCUUUUCUCCACCGGAGGAGAUGCUGUACGACCGCCCGCUCCCGCUUCAGCAGCGCGUUCUUGAAGCCGACCCGAGUCGUCCCCUGAGUGCCAUGGCUCUUGACUACCGGGCUGGCGAUCCAGCUAUUACCACCACCGGUCGCGACGCGUCGACGCAGGAUGUCGACAUGGAAGACGCCGCCCCAUCGACGUCCCCGAUACCAGCCGACAGCAAAACCUUCUUCGACGACAGAUAG